AAGUCCGGUUGCCAAGUUUACCAAACGAAAGAAACGUGUAUUACAAUUAAUUACUUUUAAAUUUUGUUAUAUCAUGUCGUAAUUGUGUACUAAAGCUAUUAAAAUGAUGAACUCGUUUCAUAAUACCGCAAAAUAUUUACGGUUGAUGAAUCUUAAAACUGCACUUAAUGUCACUAAGGAAUUGAAGCCGAAGAUAAUUCAAAGUGUUCAUAAUGAUGUUAAUAUAUUUUCCAACAAGGCCAAGACGAUAUCCUUUAGUCCACGAAGUCUUAAUGUAGGGAUAAACGAGAAGCCUCUUGUGGGUAAAAUUAAGGAGGAUCCAGUGAAAUACAUCCCUAUUAUUAACCCUAGGUCGAUUUUACCGCUGCUAGAUACUAACUGGAGGAACAAUGAGAUUGGCCUUCCCGCUGUCAAGCAGGAGGAGAAACACGCCGUUAGGCUAAUUGUUAUUAGACGAAAGAAGAUGAAGAAGCAUCAGAGAAGGAAGCUGUGGAAGCGGAUGAGGCAUCGUUGGGCCAGAGUAAAACAACGUCGCCGUCAAGUCAAAGAGAAGAUCUUCCAAAACGGUCUCCUUGCGAUGGUUAAGGAAGCCAAUGAGUUCUCUGCCGAGGCUUACGUUGCCAGCAAGCUAGAGAAGGCCAACCACAAUCCACUGCCGACGCGCUGGAAGCACAAGCGCCUGCCCGAGUUCAUCAUUCGUCAACUCAUGGGCAUUGAUAAGAAGAUUAACUAUAAACACAAUGAUGUUUAUAAAGCCUAGAAUGUUUUGUAUGUUGAAAUUGUAGAGUACAAAAGUUUUACUAACUGUGGAUGAAAAUGAUGCCUUUAUUUAUAUCUAAAGAAAUUACUUGAACUUAUUGCUUAUGAUAAUUUCAUGUUCUUUGCAGCUUUGGUAUUCUUUGGGAGGGGAGAAAUGCCUUAAAAAUUUAAUAUUAAGAACAUUGAUCUACCAAUAAAUGGCCGUCGGGUUCGCGCUAAAAAGUGUCCGCACCUGUAGGGCGUUAAAAUCGCACACAGAGCGUCAAUCGCGCAAUAGUGUUCGUUUGUUCGAGUGACAGCGCGGUUGU